CUCCUCUCCUUCCAAUCAUUCCGCGGCACAUGCGAAACCGGAGCGCAGGAAUUCGCAAUCCGCCACCCGUUUCUUUCCCACGUACGAAUUCCUCCUCCUUUCUAUAUUUCCCCAGAACCCUCUUCCGUUAAAUCCCCAAAGCCUUCUUAUCUUUGUACCUAAAAAAAAGGUUCUUCUUAUCUUCCACUCACCGCGGCCUUUAUGUGAUGGAAUCGUCUCCUUCUUUUGCCACGCUCGCUCAGGAGGCGCUUGUGGAUUCCGAUUUCGAUUCGCCGAACUCUAGGCGGCUCUUCGAUUUCCAGAAUUCUCUCACCUGCAUUAAGGUCACCCCGCCAUUCCGAGACUAUCCCAAGCUCAGAUCUCCCAGUAGGAUGGGGCUCGAGCCGAAACCUGAUUUCAAGAUCGUGGAAGGCGAUUACGGUUAUAUUCUUGAAGAUGUUCCCCACCUUACCGAUUAUCUCCCCGAUCUGCCUAACUUUCCAAAUCCGCUACAAGACAAUCCAUCUUAUUCAGCUGUCAAGCAGUAUUUUGUUAAUGCGGAUGAUACUGUUCCUCAAAAGAUUGUGGUUCAGAAAAAUAACCCAAGAGGGGUCCAUUUUCGACGUGCUGGGCCACGCCAGAGAGUGUACUUUGAGUCAGAUGAUGUGCUUGCAUGCAUUGUAACUUGUGGAGGCCUUUGCCCUGGACUUAACACGGUAAUCAGGGAGUUGGUAUGUGGUUUGUCUGAUAUGUAUGGUGUCAGCAGAAUCCUUGGGAUAGAGGGUGGAUACAGGGGGUUCUAUGCCCGCAAUACUAUACCUUUGACACCAAAGUUUGUCAAUGACAUCCACAAGCGAGGAGGAACUGUCCUUGGCACAUCACGCGGGGGUCAUGAUACUAUGAAAAUAGUUGACAAUAUUCAGGAUCGUGGGGUUAAUCAGGUCUAUAUUAUCGGAGGAGAUGGUACUCAAAAAGGAGCUGCUGUUAUUUUUGAGGAAAUUCGAAGACGUGGCCUAGAAGUUGCUGUUGUUGGUAUUCCUAAGACAAUAGAUAAUGACAUUGCGGUUAUUGACAAGUCCUUUGGUUUUGAUACUGCUGUUGAAGAAGCUCAGCGUGCCAUUAAUGCAGCACAUGUAGAAGCUGAAAGCGUGGAGAAUGGUAUAGGCCUUGUGAAGCUAAUGGGUCGCUACAGUGGGUUCAUCGCAAUGUAUGCUACUCUUGCAAGCCGGGAUGUGGACUGUUGCUUAAUUCCAGAAUCACCAUUCUAUCUCGAAGGAAAAGGUGGACUUUUUGAAUACAUAGAAAAGCGGCUUAAAGAGAAUGAGCACAUGGUUAUUGUUGUUGCUGAGGGAGCAGGACAGGAUCUUAUUGCCGAAAGUGUGCGGUCCAUGCACAAUGAAGAUCCUUCUGGAAACAUGCUGCUUCUUGAUAUUGGGUUAUGGUUAUCUCAGAAGAUAAAGGAUCACUUUGCAAGAAAACAGAAUAUGGUGAUGAAUCUCAAGUAUAUAGAUCCAACAUACAUGAUUCGAGCAAUUCCGAGCAAUGCAUCUGACAAUGUGUACUGCACGCUUUUGGCGCACAGUGCCAUUCAUGGUGCAAUGGCUGGAUAUACAGGUUUCACAGUGGGUCUGGUUAAUGGCAGACAUACUUACAUACCAUUUCAUAGGGUGACGGAAAAACGAAACAGGGUUGUCAUAACCGACAGGAUGUGGGCAAGGCUACUGUCCUCUACCAACCAACCAAGCUUUUUGAGUGCCAAAGACAUUGAAGAAGCUAAAAAGGCGCAGCAGCAGCCAACUCAGUUAUUGGAUGAGCGGAAGAGCUUGGAUGAUGGUUGUCAUUAGGUGGCCACAAAUCUGAAAGCAUGUGAAAUAAGAUCUGGAACGUGAGGUGUUGUAGCCGAGAGAGUGUCAGCGUUAUUAGUGAGGAACUUUUAGUUUGUAUUCCCAUCAAGCAGCGGUACACUUAUAUGAUAAGUUUGUGGUUCGUGUGAAUGUAAUUUUGAAUUAAUUGAGAGUCUUUGCAGUGUUCUAUGGGCAAUUUCAUUCCUCGAAUCUUCUGCUGUGGUGGUCAAACGAAUUGUUUCUUGCUAGCGCCACUGAAAUUUCAGCUUAAACCAGUUGCUGCAGACAUAA